AUGGCUCGAAAUGCUUUGAUCGUCCUAUUGGGCCUGACACUGCCAGCCCUGGGCGCAGUCCUGAGCGCUCCAGAACCGGUAUCCCAUUCUGUCAUCCAGAAGCGUGAUCUCUCUGGGUCAUCCUAUGUCUGGCUCAACGACAACACCGGUACUCCGCAACAUAUGGCUUCUGGUGUCUUACUCGGAAUUCCAAGCAACCCCGACCAGAUCCCUGACCAUUGGCUAUCUGACAUCAAGUUCUGGAACAUGAGAUCUGGUGGUUCGCAUUCAUGGCAAGGUCGCUACGAGUACCUCAAGUCUGCAUACCAGGUCACACGCCGCCACGGGGGAAAUUUCCAAAUCAUGAUCCAUGAUAUGUGGGGGACCGAUUCGUAUCCGAACUUCGCCGAGACGCCGAUGCCGGGUGACGGAGGAAGCUACGCAGACUUUGACAGCUUCCUUGAUACGUUUUUUGCGCUGCUGAAACAAGAUGGCAUGGUCGACAACAUUUGGUGGGACCUUUGGAACGAAAUUGACAAUGUUGACUUCCUCGACCGAGGAAUAGACAGAUGGCUGGAGUACUGGGGUCAUGCAUACCACAAGAUCAUGAGGGAUUUCCCCAAUGCCAAGGUCAUUGGGCCGUCCUACGGUCAUCUGCCCAACUUUUCGCAAGGCGUCGAACACUAUUUCUCACGCUGGGCUGAGUUCAUUAAGUCCAACAACUCCAUCCCCGACCAGAUCAGUCUUCAUUUCCUUUACGGGAACGGGGACUUAACUACCUCGCUCAAUAGUUACCGUCAGUAUCUGAAUGCUGCUGGCGUCGACUUCCAGGGUAUCUGGAACGUCCAGGAGUACGGCCACCCGGAUCAGCAAGUUCCGUCCGGUCUCAUAUGGAACAUUGGCCAGCUGGAGCGACACAACGUGCCAGGUCUUCGGGCCAAUUGGCUAGGCGGUCAGGAACUCAACGACUAUCUGGCAUAUCUUCUCGGGAAGGACAAGACCGGUGCCAAUUAUGACAUAUAUGACACUAGUUAUCGGCCUGCUCGGGAGUAUCCGGUGUACGUCUACUAUGCCCAGAGCAUGACGGGGUAUCGUGUACGCACCGAGAUGUCCGAGGACACGCUUGUGGAUACGUACGCUACCGUCGAUCCCAACCAGCGAGUCGUGCGUAUCUUGGCUGGAUGUCGUCCGAACACUGGCGUCUGGUUUGUCAAGAUUGGCGGACUGAGCGCCCUUGGUCUUCCUGAGUCCGGAUCACUUCCUAUCAAAGCGAUCCGGUUCAACACAGCCCCGGGUCGGUUUGAUCGUGUCGCCGAACCUGACGAUCUCGGCUACACCAACUACAACUAUGGAGAUGGCAUCGUUACCGUUGCCGUCUAUCAGAAUGACCCAGACGUCGGCUUUGCUUUCGAGUUCUCGUACUGA